AAGAAGACGGCGGUGGCGGUAACGUACUGCAAGCGGGGGCGCGGCCUGAUCAAGGUGAACGGGAGCCCGAUCGAGCUGGUGAAGCCGGAGAUCCUCCGAUACAAGGCCUUCGAGCCCAUCCUCCUUCUCGGCCGCCAUCGCUUCGCCGGCGUCGACAUGCGCAUCCGCGUCCGCGGUGGCGGGAAGACCUCCCAGAUCUAUGCUAUCCGCCAGAGCAUCGCCAAGGCCCUCGUUGCCUUCUACCAGAAGUACGUCGACGAGCAGUCCAAGAAGGAGAUCAAGGACAUCCUCGUCAGGUACGACCGCACCCUCCUCGUUGCCGACCCCCGCCGUUGCGAGCCCAAGAAGUUUGGUGGCCGUGGCGCCCGCGCUCGCUUCCAGAAGUCCUACCGUUAGGUCGGCACUGCUGGUCUUAUCAGGCUUAUCCUUCGUUUCUUGGAACAGUUCUAGAGUUUGGAAUUUGAUAUUAAAGUUAAUAUCUUGUUUUUGUUUGAGAUGGAUCAUGACGGUUUAUUUUGGUGUUUUUAUGGAUUCUUAGGGUUUUGACUUUAACUAUCACGACUGCUUGCUUAGACGGGAUUACAUUAUCCUAUGUGAUGCGACUUUUGAUUCUAUAUUUAUUUUUAUGUUUUCUUUC